AUGUUGUCCUUUCCACGACUGUCAAACCACUAUUCCAGGAUGAGGGGGGAUGUGGACCGAGAGUACCUCAGUCCAGAUCUUAAUCUGCGCCACAUGUACAGGCUCUACAAAGAGAAGAACCCCAUGGCGAAGGCAAAAUUCUGGCUCUACUGGGACAUUUUCACUCAGCAGAAUAAUCACAUUUGGCCAAACCAAGGACUGACACUUGCUCUAAAUGUGAUAUAUUUUACAACAAACUGUCAUCAGUAGCCACAGAAGAUGAGAUCACGAAGGUGUUGGCGGAGAGUGAGCUGCACCACAGGAAAGCUGAGAAAGCAUACUCACAGCUCAAAUGAUACAGUGGGCCAAAGCCAACAAUGACUGCCAUGUUAUAUGUGUAGAUUUGCAGGGCAUGAUGUACACAACUAGCCUAACUCACUCCAACAUCUACUACCAAAGGCAGCUAUCAAACUACAGCCUUUGCAUUCAAGAGUUAGGAACAGAGGUGCCUGCAACUAUUUUAUUUAUUUAUUUUUAUUUCACCUUGAUUUAACCAGGUAAGCCAGUUGAGAACAAGUUCUCAUUUACAACUGCGACCUGGCCAAGAUAAAACAAAGCAGUGCAAUAAAAACACAUAUUUUACAUUUUAGCAGACGCUCUUAUCCAGAGCAACUUACAGGAGCAAUUAGGAUUAAGUGCCUUGCUCAAGGGCACAGACAGAUUUUUCACCUAUUCGGCUCGGGGAUUAGAACCAGUGACCUUUCGGUUACUGGCACAACGCUCUUAACCACUAAGCUACCUACCGCCCACAUAUGGGGUAAACAAAACAUAAAGUCAAAAUGAAACUAUGUGAAACUAUGUGUGUCUGUCAUGAAGGAGUUGCCCACAGGGGAUCUUUAGAAGUGGCAAGCUGUGUCCUGAAGUGGGUCCAGACCAGUGGAGGCUGCUGAGGGGAAGACGGCUCAUAAUAAUGUAUGGAACGGAGUAAAUGGAAUGGCAUCAAACCAUGUGUUUUAUACCAUUCCCCUAUUCUGCUCCAGCCCUUACCACGAACCCGUCCUCCCCACUUAAGGUGCUACCAACCUCCUGUCGUCCAGACCAAGUUUACUCCACUGGUAAAGCCAAUAGAGAGAUAACUUGUCAUCUACAGUGACAGAUGCUGUUGCCAGAACAACAACUGGCAAAUGCUGAACCUCUUGUCCUUGGUCAUUACAUUGGGUUAGUUCUCACAAGUGCAACAAAAGUUAAUGGUGUCUGGGCACUAAUUUCUUCAUCGUGAUCGAUCCUUCGUUGUCAUUGAGAAACAACGCAAGGUUUCAGUACUUCAUACCCAUGAUGAAGUUUCAAAAAUGAUUCCACAGACAAGACCCAAAAACUCCUUUAAUGUCAUUCAAAUGGUGUGUGAAGACUUCAGGCAGCUCCCAGAUUCUGUCCAUAAGCGACCAGCUGGACUACACACCACCUCACUGAUGUGACUCAAACUCUCAGGUACUUUACAAAAAAUCUCUCUCUGUGUCUCUGUCUUUUAGCGGGGUUCCCUAACCCCAGCACACUGCUUUAUACCUGAAGUAAUGGUAUAAUUGUAUCGUUAAUUUUGUUUCUGACGUCCUUUAUAAUUUCAGAUGAUGAUCCUUGGAACAUACACACCAGGCAGAGCCACAGCCAGUAUGAGGUAUGGAAGUCCUGGUCUGUCUGUAAACUGAAGCAUGGAGCUAGACCUCAAGCUCCCUCAUUGGCAAGCCACUAUCCCAGGGCCUACUAG